CAAGAACACAAAUCUCAACAAAAUGAUGAAAACCCAACUGUAUGCAGUUUUCAUUAUUACACUCAGCCUAAGUUUUACCACAUUUGCUGCUACUUUAGAUUGGUGGGAAGAUGCUUCACUUUAUCAAAUCUAUCCAAGAUCUUGGAAGGAUAGCGAUGGCAAUGGAAUUGGAGACUUACAAGGAGCAACCGAAAAACUAGAUUAUCUCAAGGAAAUUGGUAUAACAGCUGCUUGGUUAUCGCCAGUUUUCAAGUCACCCAUGGUUGACAAUGGUUAUGAUAUUUCCAAUUUCACCGAAAUUGAUCCAAUUUUCGGAACUUUGGAAGAUUUUGAUGCUCUGAUUGAAAAGUCCAAGGAAAUUGGUGUUAAACUUAUUUUGGAUUUUGUGCCAAAUCAUUCGAGUGAUGAAUGUGAAUGGUUCAAAAAAUCAGUCAAUCGAGAAGAUGGAUACGAUGAUUUUUAUGUUUGGGCUGAUGGUUUGAAUGAUCCACAAAAUCCGGGACAAAAAUUACCUCCAUCCAAUUGGGUUAGUGUAUUUGGUGGACCAAUGUGGACAUGGAACGAAAAACGUCAACAAUUCUUUCUUCAUCAAUUCUUGCCACAACAACCUGAUUUUAAUUUCAGAGAUGAAAAAGUUCACGAAAAAUUGUUCGAUGUUUUGAAAUUCUGGCUUGAUCGAGGUGUUGAUGGUUUUCGAAUUGAUGCUGUUCCUCACAUGUAUGAAAAGGUUUUUGAGAAUGGAACUUAUCCUGAUGAAGAUCCAAAUAAUCACAUCAACACUCAGAAUCAGUAUGAAACUGUUGAGUUGUUGUAUAGUUGGAGGAACUUUUUGGACAAUUAUCAAAAAGAAAAUGGCGGAGAUACAAGGGUCUUGCUUGCCGAAGCUUACUCACCAAUCGAAUGGCUUGAUAAGAUCACUGGAAAUGGAACACACAACGGUGUUCAUGUUCCAUUCAACUUUGCAUUUUUACAGUUAAAUUUAACAGUGAAUGCAAGGAAUAUAGAAACUUUGGUAGAUUCGUGGAUGAAUGUUAUGUGGAAGAAGCAUCAAACAGCCAAUUGGUUGACUGGCAACCAUGAUAAAGACAGAAUUAUCGAACGAGUUGGUGAAAAUAAGACAGAUUUAAUGUAUUUCCUGCUAACUGGUUUACCCGGCGUAACCAUCACUUAUAACGGUGAAGAAAUUGGAAUGUCCAAUGUUGCUACAUGUCAAAAUUGUUCUAUUGCUGAAGAGCGUAAUAAUGCAAGGAGUCCUUUCCAAUGGAACAACGAUACAUCAGCUGGAUUCUCAUCGUCGAACAAUACCUGGUUACCAAUUAGCAAUAAUUACACAAAAGUUAACGUACAAAAUCAAUUAUCUUCGAAAAAAAGUCCGCUAAGACUUUUUAUAGCUUUGCAGAAAUUAAUGGCAACACCUGCAUUCAAAGCAUUUAAGGAUAAAGAUGGUUUUAGUUAUGCGGCGGUUAAUGAAAAUGUUUUUCAAAUUAUUCGACGAUCUUCAGAUGAAGAAUAUCGUUUUUUGAUCAAUUUUGGUGAUAAUGAAGAAGACAUAGGAGGAAUCUUAAGAUCAGGAAACGAGAACAGCUUGUUCGAAUAUACGGUUGUUAGCAGAAAUUCUCCUCAUGCUAUUGGCGAUACUGUAAAAUUGGCAGAUAUUAAACUAAUGCCAGUUGAGGGAGUUGCUUUGAAAAGAGUUGACGAAAAUUAAUGAAACUGUUAUCUUUUGGAUGAAGAUAAAUAAUAAUCUAAUUUAUCUAAUAUUUUAUG